GAAAAACCUAACCUAUAUGUUCACGUCAAAAAAAAAAGUUACAUCACAUCAUUCCAGUUUCAACCAAGAUCCGAAUUUUUUCAUAGGCAUUUCUUGUUUUUCCAAGCAGUAUUUUUUAGCAAGAUGUUUAGAGCCUCAGCUCUCCGUAUCCACGCUCUUGCCAAGAGUGCUGCAAACUCGACAAAUGUUGUCCAAGCCCGACCAGCUGCAUGGUUAGGAGUGAGAUAUAUGUCCAAACACAAUACUGAAACUGACGACCAGUUUGAUCAACGUUACGAGAACUACUUUAACAACCCGAACAUAGACGGCUGGGACAUCAGGCGUGGAGUACACGAUUUGUGGGGUCACGAUUUGGUUCCUGAACCCAAACUUACGAUUGCCAUCCUGCGCGCUUGCCGUAGAGCCAACGACUUGGCCAUGGCCAUCAGGGUUAUUGAAGCCGUCAAAGACAAAUGUGGCAACAAAGUGAACGAAAUCUACCCGUGGUACAUCCAGGAGCUGAGGCCUACUUUAACCGAACUUGGUAUUCCCACCCCAGAAGAAUUGGGUUGGGACAAGCCUGAAUUAGCAUUGCUUAACACAGAUGACAUGUAAUGUGUAUGCUUUGAGGUAUUAUUAAUUCCAUUUGUUGCAUUUACUUACUUUUAUGUGUCUCAAGGAAACUAACAAUUAUUGUAAGGACUAAAUAAUCAAAUAUACAUUUAUGGAUUAAUGUUAAUAAAUAUUUCCACAUGAAAACCUA